GUCACCGAGGAACAAGAAGUUUAUUACGAACGGGAUCGAGAGCUGAUAUGGCAGAUGCGAGAGAGAGCGGAGAAUGGGCCAUGCCGUAUCAAUCCCGAGACAGAAAAGACGUUGAUUGUAGGGGAACCUGGUUUCCUUACUGCGCAGGAGGAGAAACUUGUGGUAGAGACCAUAAGAGGAAGGCAUGCUGCAUAUGCCUUCAGUGAUGAUGAGAGAGGCCGACUGGACGUGGAUAUUAUCCCAAUGAUUAUGAUACAUACCGUACCCCAUGAACCAUGGAACUUGCGAGGUGCGCGGUAUUCUAAUCCCGUUGACGAAGAGAAGGUGGUCAACUACCUUGAUGGGAAGAUCCGCACUCAUGUGGCAGAUUACUCGAGCGGACCCUAUGCGUCCCCAUGGUUUUGUUUUGUCAAACCCAAUGGGACACUUAGGUGGGUACAGGAUUUACAGCGCCUGAAUGCUGUGACGGUGAGGGACGCAGGUGGUCUCCCCAACGCUGAUGCGCUUUCGGAGGCAUGCGCUGGAAGGAUCAUCAUAUCCCUCAUUGACUUGUAUUCAGGCUACGAUCAGUUCCCUGUAUACCCGUCGGACCGGUCUGUGACAGUCAUGCAUACCCCUCGAGGGCUGAUCCACAUGAACUUCGCACUGCAGGGGUGGACGAAUGCGGUCGCUAUGGUUCAGCGGCACAUGGUGAGGGCGAUGCAGCCCAUAAGUCCUCACGUCACGCAGCCCUACAUUGAUGAUCAGGCCGUGAAAGGGCCCAAGGAGAAGGAUGAGCAGAAGGUGAUGCCAGGAAUCAGGCGCUUUGUGUGGGAUCAUGUGCAAGACUUGUGCAAGGUCCUGGAUCUCUUGAAGGAGCAUAACCUCACUGCCAGUGGACCAAAAUCGAGGCACUGCAUGAGUGGUGCCACUAUCUUAGGAUUUGUGUGCGACGAGAGGGGUCGUCGGCCAGAUACUAAGAAGACUAACAAGAUUCUCGAAUGGCCAACACCGUUCCAGACUAUCACGGAGGUGAGAAGUUUUAUGGGCACGUGUGGGUUUUGGAGGAUCUUUAUUAAGGGGUUUGCGGCAAAGACGGAACAAUUACGAAAGCUCGUGCGUCAAGGACAAGACUGGGAGUGGGGAGACAGACAAGAGUCGGUGAUAAAAGACCUGAAGAAGGAGUUUGAGGAAGGAGGUCAAGUACUGGGGGUUCCGGACCAUGCGGCGAUGAUGACCAGGCCGUUCAUCGUAGAGACAGACGCAGGGCCACAUGCGCUGGGAGGUGUGUUAAUCCAGCGAGAUCCCAAUGGGGAGGAACGACCACUAAGGUUUGAGAGUCGGACGCUCAAUACGUCUGAAAGGAACUACUCUCAGUUCAAGCGUAAAACCUUGGCGGUCCUUCACUGUUUGAGGAUCUUCAGAAACUACUUCUUUGGCAAUAGGUUCGUAUUAAGGGUGGACGCUACGACUCUGGCUGGUUCUCUCAAGCACUUCGCUCCGUCAGAUCCAACUAUCGCCAGAUGGCUGACGUACAUCUGGAUGUUUGACUUCGAGUUGGAGCGAAUUCCUGGGACCAAGAAUAGGGCAGACGGGCUGAGCCGAGUCGACUGGGACAAGAACCGUCAAGGAGUGAUCGAGGACACUCCACAAGUCGACGGGUUCUUGGACAGUGAGGAGGAUGUGAGACUUCAUAUCAACUCCUGGGCAUUGGCCGUGGGUCGGAUGAUGGAGCUGACCUUAGCAGGCAAGUACGAGCUGCAGGAAGACCCGCUUACAAUUGAAAAUGGGGCGCUACAAGUGGGUAAGCACGAGAAGAUGAUAGGUGGGGUGUACCUGCUGGCAAAUGCGCUGCUUCAGGAAGAGAUGGUCAGAAAUACGGUACUAGACCAGGAAGAGGAGAUAGAGCCGGGAGGAGGUGACAACGUGAUCCACGAGAGAGAAGAUGAUGGCUUUGAGGAAGGUGAGAUUAAAGAAGCAUUUCGAGAAGAGGAAUACGAGGGAGUAUACCUUGAACUCGGCAUGCUUCUUUCGUGCGAGAUGAGAGAAAGGGAUGCCUGCGCGCGGAUUCUGAAGAUGAGGCCAAGUUCCUGGCAUGCGAUGUUUCCCAUUGAAAGCUUCCUGAAAACCUGGAGGCGACAGGACCUCGAGACUGAUCUGACCUUUGAGGAACUGCUGGAUUUGAGGGCACGACAGAUCGGCGCUAUUGAGGACAGGAUUGAGGAGGCAGCAAGUAGAACCGCGGACAGCCGUACCAAGGACAAUUUCCGGUGGGACAAGAUGGCGAGGGUAAGAAAGGAGCUUCUCAAGGUGGGAGACGUAGUGCUGUUGUAUGACUCGUCCCUGGAAAAGCAGUGGUCGCGGAAGUUGGAGUGGUUGGGGCCUUACAGGGUCACCAAAUGUGGUGAACAUGGUGCCUACCAAAUCGAAGAGCUGAAUGGGACGGCAUGGAAGGACUGGGUGUCUGGCUCAAGGCUAAAGAAGUUCGUGGCUCGAGACCAGAUGAGGACCAGGAGAGAGGACAGACCUCCAGUCUUCCAGGGAGGGAACAUUGAGCUGUUCCUAAUGGAGUUCGAGCGGCAUGCGAGAGAGUUUGGAUGGGACAACACCAGGAUGUUGGGAGAGGUGCGAGGCACAGGCGAGUGGGCGGACCCUAUUGCUAAACUGGUCAGAGAGUCGCUGAGCUGGCAAGACUUUGGAUGGAGGAUGGAGGGUUUGCAUCCGUCAUCACUGGGAAGGGAUGGACAGCCUAUUCGAUUCGACUCCACUAAUCUGGGGGAGUUCUUAUGGGCUUAUGAUCGAUAUGUGGAUGAACUCUGUAUCCCGGGAGAGCAGAGAGUGGGGAGCUUCCUGUUGUUUGUGAGACACCAUAUCAGACCCUUCGUACGAUCCAUGGUAGCAUCUGCCAUAAACUGCGGGCACUGCAAGAAGCUGCUAUGGAACUAUUAUACUCCAGCUCGUCAGGCAAGUGAGAGGAGAGGUGUGGAAAAAAGGAGAAGGGAACCUGAGACAGAGGCAAGGGGAACCUUUGAGCAGGGCGCGUCACCAGGGGCUCAGAGGGAGGAAAAGAGGAAGGAACACAAGUCCCACCAACAUGAGAGAGCAGAGGGGUCCGAUGGUUCAAAUGCACCUCCACAACCUGCUCAGAGGGAGAUGGAUGGCCCCAUGCCUGACGCAGAGCCAGACAUCCCUCACGAACCGCAUACACAAGAGCAAAGAGAGGUUCAGUCUGCUGAGGAGAAGGAGUUGGACAGGAAAGAGAGAGCAGCAAGGGAGCAAGAGAUUAGGACCCGGCUCAGGAUGAAGAACCUUGCAGAGUUGCAUGAGAGGAUGCAACAAGGGAAAGGGUCUGAGGAGGUGAAGGACAAAAAAGGAAAGGGUACCUGCACUCAAGAGGAGGACCCUCCUCUUUUCUCUGAGGUCUGGAUGGGCUUCGAUAAGUUGAUGGACGCCACAGAAAGAUCAGGGGGACAACAUCAGGAGAUGGGGGUUAACUUGGUCUCUACAGACCUACUCAACCUGAAGGGCGUGAUAAGAGAACGCUUCGCGGCAGCCAGGGCAUCAGAUCAGAAGAUUGGGCACAGACUGACGAAGGUGGCACAGAAGGCAUAUAGCCAGAGAGUGGACUGGAAAAGAGUAGCUGAGGACCUGAAGAAGGAGCUGGAAAGACAGGGCAAAGAGUUGGAGGCAGUAAAGGCAGACAUGGAAAAGGUCUCAGCAGAGAAUUAGGCCGUCAGACAAGUCAACCAGACCCUUAACAAGGUCACUGACGCCCUGAGGGCCUAUUUGUGUGCACAACUGACCUUC